GGAUGAGUGCUAUUGGCGUAGUUGGCUUGGCUCUGAACUUACGUGCCUAUGACUUUGUUUCCCAGGAAAUCCGUGCAGCGGAAGAUCCUGAAUUUGAGACUUUGUACACCAAAAAUAUUCUUUUAAACGAGGGUAUUUGUGCGUGGAUGGCAGCUCAGGAUCAGCCUCAUGAAAAUCUUAUAUUCCCGGAGGAGGUUCUACCACGUGGAAACGCUCUUUAAUGGAACUUUCGUUUUAGCUGGUCGUGACCAAGAAACCACCGGCUUUGCUUGGUGGGCUGGGAAUGCCAGACUUAUCAAUUUGUCCGGUAAACUGCUUGGAGCUCAUGUAGCCCAUGCCGGAUUAAUCGUAUUCUGGGCCGGAGCAAUGAACCUAUUUGAAGUGGCCCAUUUCGUACCAGAAAAGCCCAUGUAUGAACAAGGGUUGAUUUUACUUCCACAGUUAGCUACUCUAGGUUGGGGAGUAGGGCGGGGCGAAGUUCUAGAUACUUUUCCGUACUUUGUAUCUGGCGUACUUCACCUAAUUUCCUCCGCAUUCUUAGGCUUCGGUGGCAUUUAUCACGCGCUUCUGGGACCCGAGACUCUUGAGGAAUCUUUUCCAUUCUUUGGUUAUGUCUGGAAAGAUAGAAAUAAAAUGACUACAAUUUUGGGUAUUCACUUAAUUUUGUUAGGUCUAGGUGCUUUUCUUCUAGUACUCAAGGCUCUUUAUUUUGGCGGUGUAUAUGAUACAUGGGCCCCUGGGGGGGAGAUAAGAAAAAUUACCAAUUUUACCCUUAGCCCCAGUGUUAUAUUUGGUUAUUUACUAAAAUCUCCUUUUGGUGGAGAAGGGUGGAUUGUUAGUGUAGAUGAUUUAGAAGAUAUAAUUGGUGGGCAUGUAUGGUUGGGUUUUAUUUGUGUAUUUGGCGGAAUUUGGCAUAUUUUAACCAAACCCUUCGCAUGGGCUCGCCGUGCAUUUGUAUGGUCUGGAGAAGCUUACUUGUCUUAUAGUUUAGCUGCUUUAUCUGUCUUUGGUUUUAUCGCUUGUUGUUUUGUAUGGUUCAAUAAUACAGCUUAUCCGAGUGAGUUUUAUGGACCCACCGGGCCAGAAGCUUCUCAAGCUCAAGCAUUUACUUUUCUAGUUAGAGACCAGCGUCUUGGAGCUAAUGUGGGAUCCGCUCAAGGCCCCACAGGUUUAGGUAAAUAUCUAAUGCGUUCCCCAACUGGGGAGGUUAUCUUUGGAGGGGAAACUAUGCGUUUUUGGGACCUUCGUGCUCCAUGGUUAGAACCUCUAAGGGCCCCCAACGGUUUGGACUUGAGUAGGUUGAAAAAAGACAUACAACCUUGGCAAGAACGACGCUCAGCAGAAUAUAUGACCCACGCUCCUUUAGGCUCUUUAAAUUCCGUGGGUGGCGUAGCUACCGAGAUCAAUGCAGUUAAUUAUGUCUCUCCUAGAAGUUGGUUAUCAACUUCUCAUUUUGUUCUAGGAUUCUUCUUUUUUGUGGGCCAUUUAUGGCAUGCAGGAAGAGCCCGAGCUGCUGCUGCAGGUUUUGAAAAGGGAAUCGAUCGUGAUUUGGAACCUGUUCUUUACAUGAACCCUCUUAACUAAGAUUUUCUUAUUUAUACAUGUUCUACUUUUUUUCUGUUCUGGCUCGGUUAUUCCAUCUAGCCGAGCCAUUCAUUCCUUUUUAUGAAAGGAAGAUAAGGGACAGAAAAAAAUGAAAGAAACAAACGUAUUCAAUAAGCAAAAGGAGAGAGAGGGAUUCGAACCCUCGAUAGUUCCUAGAACUAUACCGGUUUUCAAGACCGGAGCUAUCAACCACUCAGCCAUCUCUCCACAGCCUAAUC